AUGUUAUGUGGCAACAAAGUGUACAUUAAGGACAGGAAAGUGAAGGCAAAAUCCGUUGUCUUCCACCUAAAGAAGAAUCUUCAGUACAAUGACAUUUCUGCCAAAAGUAACUACAACGUUGAAAAGCCCCUCCUCUGGCUUGCUAGGAAGCUCAUUGGAGACCCUAAUUUGGAAUUUGCUGCCAUGCUUGCUCUUGCCCCACUGGAGGUUGUCAUGGACCCAGCUUUGGCAACGCGGUAUGUGCACGACUUAGAGGUUGCUCAAACCACUGCUCUCGCGGAUGAGGAUGAUGACCUGUGA